GAAGAUGGGAAUGACUUUCCAGAAACAGGCGACUUGGAAUACAAACAGAUCAUCCGGGAAAAAAUGAAUAUUAAAUGAAAGAUGAAAAACUAACUUUUAUAUGGGAGGGCGAAGAGAAACAGAGUGAUCAAAUGCGCGCGACAAGCAGACGCACUCCUUCUCGGAUCCCAAUUUUCCUACACUCGCAGCUUCUUCAGGGAGUAAGUGUCCAAGAGUGAGAAGUUUUCUUGUGAUUAGCAAUGGAUCCGAUAGACGAAUCCUUCAAGAAACAAAUUGCAACAUUGUUGAGAGUUAUACAUGUGACAAGAUGCUCUAAAGAGGACAAUGUUCCAUGCCAAAUUGAAGAGGGUCUCUUCUUGGGUUCUAUUGGAGCUGCAAAUAACAAGGACGAACUGAAAAACUUAAACAUCACACACAUUUUGACUGUGGCUAAUUCUUUGGCACCUGCAUAUCCAAAUGAUUUUGUGUAUAAGGUUAUAAAUGUUGCGGACAGAGUCUGCACAGAUCUAAAACAGCACUUUGAUGAGUGCAUCGAUUAUAUUGACGAAGCUACAAGAUCUGGUGGUGGUGUGUUGGUUCAUUGCUUUGUGGGAAGAUCCAGAAGUGUGACUAUUAUUGUUGCAUAUCUGAUGAAAAAGCAUGGUAUGAGCAUAUCUCAAGCUCUUGAACAUGUGAAGAGCAGACGACCUCAAGCAUCUCCUAAUGCUGGUUUCAUUUCACAACUGGAGAGCUUUGAAAGGUCUCUUUGUGAUAUUCCUUUAUAUAACUGAAGCAGAUGAAGAGAACAAGACAACGUAAUGUACAUGGUUGGCCUCCUGCGUUGAAGAACCUCGCUUGAAUAUAUACGUUACCCAAAUUAGAUGAAAUUUCGGUGGUAUAGAUAGAACUUUCACAGUUGUUAACUUGUUACAAUAGAAAAGGAUGUGUUAUGGAUUUAAAGUUGACUAUGAAUGAUUAGGUUGUAAGAAAUGUAAUAAAAUUCUUAUUGCACCUCUGUAUAAAUCGUCGCGAUAUAUAUAGAAUAGCAGACUGGUACUA